UCAAUUCUGUUGUUUACCAGCUGACAUAACAUUGAAUGUUCCGCUUCGAGCCAUAUUUUGUUGUGCUGACUUCAGGAAAUAUUAAAUGUUCCUGACGUUCCUUACUGACUUUCCACAAUUAAAAGUAAAUAAUGUCGUUGACACCAGGAAAGGAAAACAAUGUAAAUAUCACUGAGAACUUAACACCCGUAAGAUUUUUAGAUAGCCCUCGUGGAAAAUCAUCUGUUCAAGAUUCUAAUAUAGCCACUUGCAAGGAUCGUUUAGAUGUUAUAAUUUCACAACUGAAAAACAAUUAUUCCACAUGGCAAUUGGCUCAGAAAAGAGGUCUCGCGAUUUGUACUUCGAUUGAGUCUAUUAAGACCUGUACCUUAGAAUCUAAGGAAUCUACUAGUCAAUUUAAAGGAAAUGACGAAACGCUUUAUCCAAGAGAUCUAAAACCACUUUUAGUUAAGCUUAAUGUAAUUGUAUCCAUAUUCGAAGAUAUAUCGAAAAGUGCAGGAGAAUUCCUACGACAACUGAAAGCAUUAGGUAAAUUAGUGGGCAGCACAGAUACAGUUUUUCACCAAUCAUGGCCGUUGUCUCAAUAUAUCAACUUCCUAGACCAGUUAUAUUCUUCUUAUAUGCAAGAAGUUAAAGUAAAACAAAUCGUUGCUCGUGAAUUGCCGCACUGUAUGAACAGAUCAAAUUUAAUUCGCUGUACCUCUGCUUGGGAGUAUCCACAAUACAUUGAUGAAUGGACACACUUAAUGUUUGCAUUUUUGAUAGAAGAAAAUAAGGGUAAUUGAAACAUUUAGUAUUCAAGUAUUAUUUACUUUUAUUGUGUGUUGGAAGAAUGUUCUCUCAAAAUCAUUAAUUAAUUUAAGAUUUACUAGGCAUACUCGAUACCUAAAAUAAUUUUUUUAUUCAAAAACAUAAAUUUAAUUUGAUCUUGGAUAAAGAGAUGUAAAAGUACAAAUAUAAAGCAAUUGAAAAAACUCCA